GCCGAUCUAGGGUUUUAGCUAGGAUUUUGAAUCCAGCUCUGCGACGAAAUUCAGAAGUAACCCUGUUUCCUGUAGCAAUGGCAGUGACAUUCCAUGAUCUUGGCUCUGAUGCUGGACUGAAGAAGCUUGAUGAGUACCUCCUACCUAGAAGUUAUAUUUCUGGAUACCAAGCUUCAAAGGAUGACAUUAUUGUCCAUUCAUCUCUCCCCAAGCCGCCAUCCCCCCAGUAUGUGAAUGUGUCUCGAUGGUACAACCAUAUUGAUGCACUGUUGAGGAUUUCAGGGGUUUCUGCUGAAGGGUGUGGUGUUGUUGUAGAGGGAUCUGCUCCUGUCACUGAGGCUGUUGCUACUCCUCCGGUUGAGGACUCAAAGGCUGCAGCUGCUGAAGAAGAUGAUGAUGAUGAUGUAGAUUUGUUUGGCGAAGAGACUGAGGAGGAAAAGAAGGCUGCUGAAGAACGUGCAGCUGCCAUGAAAGCAAAAGCAAAGAAGAAAGAAUCUGGCAAGUCAUCAGUUUUGUUGGAUGUCAAGCCAUGGGAUGAUGAGACUGACAUGAAGAAACUUGAGGAAGCAGUAAGAGGUGUCCAGAUGGAGGGCCUUCUUUGGGGAGCUUCCAAACUUGUAGCUGUUGGAUAUGGUAUAAAAAAGUUGCAGAUAAUGAUGACCAUUGUGGAUGACUUGGUGUCUGUUGACACUCUCAUUGAGGAACAUCUCACAGUAGAACCUAUAAAUGAAUAUGUUCAAAGUUGUGACAUUGUGGCCUUCAACAAAAUAUGUAAGUAAACAAAGCACUUUUUUUUUUAUUGUUUAAGAAAGUAAACUAGUCAUUGGGAUAUUGUUGUAAAUUCUGCUUAUGUUGCUUUUGUCAUGGUGGUUGCAGGAUGAGAAUUUGUGGCUAUUUGCGAUGCACUCUGGAGAGGACUUUGGGAAAGGUCUUUCUGGGGGCUGUUGCCAAAAUCUUUACUAUUUUCUAUUUUUGUGGAACUUGUUUUAAGUGUCAGUUUGUUCUGGUGGUGGAUCAGUUGCAGCUUUUAAAUUAAUAAAUGUUUAUUGUGGUGCAUAAUUUUAACUUAUUUUCCAUUUAAACUAUAGAUUAUAUGGUAAUUGAAUGUUUUGUUGCUUGCAAGCUCUUUUUCUUAUUGGUGUAUUACAAAUUGGGGAUGGAAAUAUCCAA